AUGGCUUUUGUCGCCACAGGAGCGUGCUACUUUGAUACCAUUCUAACAGUGCCUCAUUACCCCAAUGAAGAUGAGAAGCUUCGAGCUUCAACUAUCAGUCAUCGUCGGGGAGGAAAUUGCCCAAAUACACUCGAGGUCCUAGGGCAAUUAAUGCAACGCGGACCGUCCAACAACGAGUCAUCUUUGAAUCUGAUCACUGUUCUCCCUUCCAGAUCGUCGGAAGCAUCCCAAUCCUUGAAAAAAAGUCUUGGUGAUCAGGUCCAGUUGGAUAAUUGUAUUUACCGAGAACAAUUCAACGAGCCAGCAUCCAGCUAUGUCAUCAAGAGCCAAGAGACUGGCAGCAGAACAAUUGUCAAUCAUAAUGAGCUGCCGGAUAUGACUCUUGAGGAAUUCCAGAUUGCAGUCGAGAAUCUGCCUAAGGUAGCUCGUCAGUUCUUGUUUCACUUUGAGGGUCGUAUACCAGAUGUAACAACUAAAUGCACUGAGUACAUCCGGCACCACUACCCGGGUGCCCAGAUCAGUGUUGAAGUAGAAAAGCCAGGUCGGCCUGGCUUGCAGGAGCUUGCAGAGACAGCAGACAUUGUCUUCUUUUCAAAGGGAUGGGCGCAGAAUGAGGGAUAUGCCUCUGCCGAGGAAUGUUUGCGGAAGCAAUCACUGAAAGCAUGCCAAGCCUCGUUGCUCUUUUGCACUUGGGGAGAUGCCGGUGCUGCAGCCUUUGAACGGUAUGCUGGUGAGAUACUUCAUGUCCCGGCACAUACUGAGGAAAAUAUGCGGAUUGCGGACACUAUCGGAGCUGGGGACACCUUCAUCGCAGGGAUUUUAUAUGGCUUAGUUUAUCAUUGCAAGGAUUGGGACUUUGGAAGAAGACUUAAAUUUGCAAACUACCUUGCAGGUCUCAAAAUAACACAGGAGGGGUUUUCAUGUCUACAUAGGGCAUUGGACUCUCAAUUAUAUUGA